UCGGCGACAUUUUGAUAGGAGAGCAAAACUGCGUGUUACUCUAACAAAAGCUAGAUUUAGCUAAUUGUUCGCGAUUUUAUUGACUAAAUACAAUUUGUGUAACAGAAAGCAAUGGCUUGCCCGAUAGAUCCGGCGGAGUUGCAGAAGUUGAAAUUUUUUGUCGGCCUUUGCGAGUCUCAACCGCAGCUAUUAAAUCUACCUCAGUUGGCAUUUUUUAAAAGCUUUAUUGAGAAACUUGGUGGAAAGAUUCCAGAGGGUUCACCAAGUUUCGGCGGAGUACCGGAUCCUGAGCCGGCUACAAAACAGCAGCACAAUGAUAAGGAUGAGCCAGCAACAAAAGCAGAGGAUUCGGAACCCGAGUCGGACGUAGAGCUGGAUAUGGAAGGAUGUGUCGAACCGGAUGGUGAACCUGAUCAACCGAUGGGCGAUGAUUCUAAAGAAGCCAGCGAAGAAGAUAUCGAUAAAGCAAACGAACUUCGCUCGAAGGCAGCGGCCGCAUAUUCCGAGCAAAACUACGAAGAAGCAGUCAAGAAUUUUACCGAAGCCAUUUUACUAAACCCAAGAAGUGCUUUGUAUCAUGCCAAACGUGGUCAAGCAUAUCUGAAACUUGUUAAACCGAAUGCUUGCAUUCGCGAUUGUAAUCGAGCUUUGGAGCUAAAUCCAGACUCUGCAACAGCCUACAAAUUCCGAGGCCGUGCCAAUAGGUUGCUAGGAAAAUGGGAAGAAGCCGCCAAAGAUCUUCGUCAAGCAUGCAAGUUGGACUACGAUGAAGAAGCUGACGAAUGGCUGAAGGAAGUUACACCGAAUGCUAAGAAAAUUGAACAACAUAAACUGAAGCAGGAAAGACGCCGACAGGAGAAAGAAUUGAAAGAACGCCAGGAACGUGUGCGUAAAGCACAGGAAGCGAACCGCAAGGCGGCUGAGGAAAGCGCCAAGGGUGAUGCUGAUUUUGGAGAUUUUCUUGGUGGCGGCGGCGGUGGUGGUGGAGGAUCCGAAGAUAUUCUCAACGCGUUUAAAGAUCCCGAGGUAGCGGCUGCCUUACAGGAUAUCAUGUCCAAUCCAGCAAAUAUUGGCAAAUACCAGAACAAUCCCAAGGUAAUGAAUCUGGUUACUAAAAUCGCUGGUCAAGCAUCACAGUCCGGUUUCCCUGGUUUCGGAGGAGGAGCGGGAGGUUUUCCUGGUGGGUUCCCCGGUGGCUUCCCAGGUGCUGGUUCUGGGGCCGGUGGUUUCCCUGGUACGGGCGGGGGCUCAACCGGCGGCCAUAAGACGACAGACGACUUAGAUUAAGUAUUCUAUUCCGUUGCAUUUAGGUUGAGGUUUGAUGGUUAAACCAUUUGCGCUUUAGAGAGCAACACUUUGGUUUAUGAUUAACUAUAGCGUUCGCUGCGUCGUGUUUGUAAUGAACUUUUAACUCACAGUAACUGUUUACCAAAAUACCUUCCUCGGAGCGCGUAAAUACAAAUAUAUAUAUUUCGAGCAUUUUCUUGUAUCUGAUAGAAAGUAGCAUUAAUAAAACGCUUACGGUGUUUUUAGCUUGCGCGUU